AUUAUGGUGCUUUGCUUCAACAGUGUUUGAACGGGCAUCUCUUAACUAACGAAAUUUUUUUUACAUAAAUUAAAUUUUGUUUCAUCUUCAGUUAAAAUUCAUUUAGAAUCAUGGCAGUAAGUCAGGUUAGACAAAAUUUCCACGAAGAAUGUGAGGCAGGAAUCAACAAGCAAAUUAAUAUGGAACUCUAUGCAAGUUACGUGUAUCUCUCCAUGAGUUACUACUUUGAUCGAGAUGAUGUAGCUUUACCUGGAUUCCGUAAAUAUUUCAAAAAAAGCAGUGAUGAAGAACGUGAACAUGCUGAAAAACUGAUGAAGUAUCAAAACAUGCGAGGAGGUAGAAUUGUACUUAAAGCCAUAGAGAAACCAGCAGUUGAAGAUUGGGUAAGUGGUCUACAUGCCAUGAAAGCUGCUCUGGAAUUGGAGAAGACUGUAAAUCAGUCCUUGCUUGAUCUUCAUGCUGUUGCUACUGCCCAUAAUGAUGCUCAAAUGUGUGACUUCUUGGAAUCUGAGUAUUUGAAGGAGCAAGUUGAGGCUAUCAAGGAAAUAUCUGACUACGUGACCAAUUUGCAACGUGUUGGAACCGGCCUUGGAGAGUAUAUGUUCGACAAGGAAACUUUGCAUGGCGAAGAUUAAAUGCCCUUUUAAUUUCCACGCACAACACAGUGAAAUAGUUUCAUUAAAAGUUUCUACUAUGAUCCUAAAAUUGUUAAAUCAUAAAAUUAGAUUUACAGUUGUGAAAAAAAUUACUUGUAUCUGUAGGGAUGUGAAAACUAUGUAGUAACUUAAAAGUCAAUAAAGAAAGUGAACAGCUA